UUUUUUAUAUAUCCAUUUUAAAUCUCAAUCUACCCUUAUUAUCCUACUAAUUUAUACUUUAAGGAUGUCCAUUUUACUAAAAAACAAAAAGAUUUUUAUUACAAUUUCCUCCCCUCUUCAAUAUCCUUCCCUUCAUAUAUUCAUACAAUCUCUGAACCAUUUUACGGCACUGAUUUUACUGUUGGUGGAGUUUCUGGAAAUGAAAUUUUAUUUUAUGAAAUGGCUUCAAAUUACAAUGAGGAGGGUGUAAUGAUACAAUCAUUUAAUUUAAAUAAUGGACAAAAAAUGAAAAAAUUGAUUUAUGCUGAAAAUAUUCCUCUAUACGGCAACAUAUCACCAAAUCAGAAGAACAGAGAAUCAUCUUCCAUAGAUUUUGAAUAUGAUCAGUUACCUUCUCCCCAUACUUCACAAAAUUCCUCACAAAAUACUUCCUCAAUUCUUUGGAUAUUAUAUCGCCCCUUCUCCUCCUCCUCAACCCUCUCAGUACUUAAAUUGUCCCCUCAAACAUUGGAAGACUUGGAACAUUGGGAAUUUAAAGAAAUUAAUCCGGCAGAAAUGAUAAACGCUUUUGUGGCACGUGGAGUGCUAUACAAGCUUAUUGCUGAAGAGGGGAGCACUAACAAGAAAAUUCAAUUAAAUAUAGUGCCUAUAUUUGAUUUUAAAUUGAACAAAUAUUUAAUUCAUUCGAAUCCGUUGAAAUUCAAAAAUGGAGGCUGUUGGGAAAUUAAUAAAAAUUCGGAUAUUUCUAAUGUUCAAUAUGACUCGUUAUCCGAUUCAAUUAGUGUUACUCAAAAUGGCAAAAUUUAUUUGAUAAAAUUUUAUAAAAAUUAA